CCGCCCAUCAGGGCCUUACAAAGUUGGUUGUCACUAGAAGAACAAGCCCCACCAAUAUCAGGCGUGCUGUGACAUUACUACGAAGAUGGUGCUUAAAGCUGUCUGUGUGUUGAGAGGAGAUGGAGAGACCAGCGGGACCGUUUAUUUUGAGCAGGAGAGUGAUUCAGCCCCUGUGAAGCUGACAGGCCAAAUCAAAGGCCUUACCCCUGGUGAGCAUGGUUUCCAUGUUCAUGUUUUUGGAGACAAUACAAAUGGGUGCAUCAGUGCAGGCCCUCACUACAAUCCCCACGGCAAGAAUCAUGCCGGACCUAAUGAUGCAGAGAGGCAUGUUGGAGACCUGGGGAAUGUGACUGCAGGAGCAGAUAAUGUUGCCAAGAUAGACAUCACGGACAAGAUGCUCAGCCUCACUGGCCCCUACUCAAUCAUUGGCAGAACCAUGGUGAUCCAUGAGAAGGCUGAUGACCUGGGAAAAGGAGGCAAUGAGGAGAGUCUAAAGACAGGCAAUGCUGGUGGACGUCUGGCCUGCGGAGUCAUUGGCAUCACGCAGUAAACUAUCUGCCAGAACAACAACAACAACUUUUACCCACAGCACUUAACAAGACCAACCUAGCUACUUGAUGUGACAGUUUGUCCUUUUCAAUACUCUGGCAUUUUAUUGACUAGUCAAGAGAGUACAUGAGCCGUGCUUUGCCCUGUCCGUUCUCCAUGACAAUUAUAUGUAUGGGUAUUAUAUGUCUGCUGAUUAGCUUUGGUCCCAAAGAAUUGGUAACGCACAAAUAGUAAACAACUGUAUACAGUUUAUGAAGUUAAUCAAUAAAUUGUCAGUUCAUCUGCA